AUGGCAUUCAUGGACGUCAAGCCACCUUCACCUUCCAGUCGAUUCGUGCCUAUGAGCAGACCGUCUACUACGUCGGUCGCUGGCAAGAGUCCUACGGUGCGUGCACCCAACAUGCUUAUCAACAUUUACAACGGCCCCAAGCGCAAUGCCUAUGUAAGGAGCCAGGCCCAGGUUGUCGACAUGGUCUUGGCCUCUCCCGUGGUCCUCUACCUUGGCGUUAGCGAACCGCAAACGCUGUUCAUUGUUGGUGGCAAGGACCAGACUGCCAUUGCCAUACAGUGGGCUCCUCCUGAAGUUGCCGCAAAGUUGGGCCAUUUUUGA